AUGUCAUCUUCCUCCUAUGAACUCAUCCUCACAAAUUCUCCUGAUGGCCCUAUCACGGUCUACGAGACCACCACUGGCACCGUCGUGGCCCGAUUCUCCGGCAGUCGAUCCCCAUGUCGCGGCCUAACCGUGGUGGGUCGAAGACUAUUCGCGGCCUCGCACGUGUCCUCCGAAACGGGUGCAGGCUCGAUCAACAUUUACAACUGGUUUAAUUCUACUGCGUUCCACAACUUCCCUGUGCCUGAACCCGUUGCACCUCUCAUUGCUACCCAUGAUGGAACAUUUCUCUUUGGGGGUGGCAUCUCAGGGAGUCUUUUUUCUAUCUCAACUCAUUCUGGGGAUGUGAUCAGAUCAAUUGCUGCACACUCAAGAUCAGUUUCUAGUCUUCAUCUGAGUGAUGAUGGGUCACUUGUUAUUUCAGGGAGUGAUGAUGGCACAAUUGUUGUUGUCCCUACCUUUAAGAUUGUUAUUAUUAGGGCUUCCUUGGAUGAGGACAUGGAAGACUUGAUCUUGCACAAAUGGAAGGCACAUUCUGAUUCCGUGACUGCUUUCAAGUCUGUGAUGGGUACUUUGCUUUCUUGCUCACUAGAUUGCACAUGCAAGUUUUGGAAUCUGGGAGAUAAUGGGGUUCUCUUAAGGAUUGUGGCAUUCCCAUGUGCCAUUUUUGGGAUUGCCUUGGAUUCAAAAGGGUUAGGAUUCUAUGUUGCUGGUGCAGAUGGUUUGGUUUAUAAGGGGGCAAUGAAGGCUGGGAGUAGAAAAUUAUUAAGUAGAGUUUGUGAAUUGAGCACUUGGUCUAAGAGCCAUGGUAGGUCAAUUGUGUCAUUGGCUUUGGUGAAUGAAGGGAGGAAUUUGGUGUCUGCUGCAGAAGAUGGGAGUGUGUGGAUGUGGGAUGUUGACAAAGGAGAAGUCGUUAUGGAUAUGGGGAAUGAGGUGGUAAUGGUAAACAUUAGUGAUAUGGUUGUGGCCAGGGGAAAUGGUGAGUUUGGAGUCAGAAAAGGAAAUAAUGUUGCAAUUGAGGAAGGUAAUGGGUCAUUCACUUCUUAUGGGUUGUGUGAUGAAGAGAUGAUCAAGACUCUUGAGCAAAUCACAAAGCUUGGGGAGGUUAGGGGUGAGGUGGAACAACACAAGAAGAAGGUCAUUGGCAUGUUGGAAUCUACAAUUGAAAUGUAUGAGAGGUUUUUGAAGCUUAUCCUUAAGGAAGCUACCAAAGCCAUUGAAGAGGGGGGAGUGGAAGAUGAUAAAGAUGAAGAAUAA